AACAAGGAAUACAAGCGUCCUGAGUCCCUCACCAGUCGCCCUUCGGCCCUCCCCAAAUCCCAAUCCUCUCAAAAUCUUCAUCUUCACUGUGAGAAGGAAUCCGCCAUAUCCGCCGGAAUCAGAGCCUUCACUCACCGGAGAAGAAGAUUAAUCCCUCCGUUAUGGCUAAGAAGAGGAAAUCUAUUGCUACCAGCCUCGACGAGGUAGAUCGGACCAUGUACACCUCUUUUUGCAGCGGGGCCAACUCUCUCUCGCAGCUUUACACCCAGGCUAUGAACCACCAGAAGCUUUCUUUUCAAGCCGGAGAACGUCAUGCGAUGGAAAAGCUUUAUCAAUGGAUGUUUAGACAACAAGAAGGUGGAUCUAGAGUGACAACAGCUGAUGUACUUAAUUACAUACGGAACGAGUUGGAUUAUUGUGGGGAGGAACCGUCAAUGUCCCCUAGAGCAGCAGCAGUCCAUCAACAUCAACAUGCUCAACCAACAAUGCAGUUCACAAACUCAAGCUUUCCAGCUUCAGGUCUUUCUGCACAAGCAACCACCGGACAAGGGAGUCGAACCGAGCACUCUGAUAACCAUUCCAAAAGUUCAGUCUUCUCAAAUGCUCUAUCAAGCCCCAUUCGCCGGAGUUUGCAGCAGUAUCACAUCGCUCAGGAAGCUCACUACCCAAACAGUGGGACGUCGGGAGGAAACGGAGCCACUCGAAACAAUGAACCCAACUUCCUUCAGCAUCAGAAUGCUGACCCUAAUUCAGUCAGCUCUAACGACUCAUCGAUGGACAUGCAUGCCGAUAGUCCCGCACAUGAUUCACAUUACUGAUCUCGGGGAUCGCCAAUUGGUGCUAAAGCUUUAUUAGCCAGGUGAGAACAAGCAUAAGUUCCUGGCUACCAAUGGCAUUUACUUUCUUUGUUGGAAAUUUCUUUAGGUCUUUUAUCUUGUAAAGGGUUUCUUUUAUAACAG